AUGUCGGGGUCAUCGAUGAGGAAGGGUCGCCAGUACGAGGCUCUGCAGGAAAUGCAGCCAGCCUCAACGGUCGAUUCCUUCCAGGGUCAAGAGAACGAUGUCGUCGUUGUCAUCAUGGGCACAGCCCAUCCAAAACCUGGGCCCGGCUUUACCUGCAACCCCAAGCGGCUCAAAGUCAUGCUGUCUCGCCAAAAGUCAGCACUCGUCAUUGUGGGCGACAUCAACGUCGCCAGCAAACAGGCUCGAUACGAGGUCAUAGACGAGACGAGCCAACUGGCGAGAAGCAUGUCGUUGUGGGUAGCAGAAAAGUUGGCCUCCUAA